CAACCCAAGAUGGCGGUGCCCAGCGAGGCAGAGGAGGAGGCCACAGUAUACUUAAUAGUGAGCGGCAUUCCCUCUGGUUUGCGCUCUGCCCAGCUCCGGAACUACUUUAGCCAGUUCCGAGAACAGCGCGGUUGCGGUUUCCUGUGUUUCCACUACCGGCAUCGGCCUGAGCGGGCUCCUUCCCAGGCUUCUUCCGACUCUGCCCUAACUCCUACGGGCCAGGUUCCUGCCCAGACUUUAGUCGCCGAUGCCCGCACUCUUUCCAGCCCGGACUCUGCUCCCGCCCAGACCCGUACCUGCUGCUGCGUCAUCUCGGUACGGGGGACAGCUCAGGCCCAGCAGGUUCUUCGCAUGUACUCGGGCCGCCGGUGGGUAGAUUCUCAGGGGACUUUGUUGCCGGGUCGUUGUUUCAUCCGCAGACUUCGACUACCUACUGAGGCAUCAGGUUUGGGCUCCUUUCCUUUCAAAACACGCAAGGAGCUGCAGAGUCAGAAAGCUCAGAAGGAGGCCUUUACUCUCGCUGACCUGAAGCAACUGCCGGAGCUGAACCCACCAGUGCUGAUGCCCAAUGGAAAUGUGGGGACUCCUCUGCGGGUCUUUUUGGAAUUGAUCCGGGCCUGCCGCCUACCCCCUCGGAUCAUCACCCAGCUGCAGCUCCAGUUCCCCAAGACAGGCUCUUCCCGGCGCUAUGGCAACGUACCCUUCAAGUAUGAGGACUCAGAGACCGUGGAGCAGGAAGACCUUGUGUACACGGAGGAAGGCGAGGAAAUACCCCAAGGAAGCUGCCUAGCGGACCUACCAGCCAGCUCCUGUGGAGAGCCAGCGGAGGAAGGGGAAAAGGAGGAGGAGGAAGAGUCGCACUCAGAUGACGACGAUGACCGUGGCGAGGAGUGGGAGCGUCAUGAGGCGCUGCACGAGGAUGUGACCAGGCAGGAACGUACCACCGAGCGGCUCUUUGAGGAGGAAAUCGAGCUCAAGUGGGAGAAGGGCGGCUCCGGCCUGGUGUUCUACACCGAUGCCCAGUUCUGGCAGGAGGAGGAAGGAGACUUUGAUGAACAGACAGCCGAUGACUGGGAUGUGGACAUGAGCGUGUACUACGACAGAGAUGGUGGAGACAAGGAUGCCCGAGACUCUGUCCAAAUGCGUCUGGAACGGAGACUCCGUGAUGGCCAGGAGGAUGGCUCUGUGAUCAAAUGCCAAGUGGGCACCUUUGAGCGCCACACCAAGGGCAUUGGACGAAAGGUGAUGGAGCAGCAGGGCUGGACUGAGGGCAAGGGUCUGGGCAGCCAGUGUUCAGGGGUGCCUGAGGCCCUGGAUAGUGAUGGCCAGCACCCUAGAUGCAAGCAUGGAUUAGGGUACCAUGGAGAGAAGCUACAGCCAUUCGGGCAACUGAAGAGACCCCGUGGAACUGGCUUGGGGCUCAUCUCCACCGUCUAUGAUGAGCCCCUACCCCAAGACCAGGGGGAGUCGCUGCUGCGACGCCAGCCACCCACCAGCAUGAAGUUUCGGGCAGAUGUGGCAUUUGUGAGGAGUUCCAGCUGUGCCUUGGACAACCCCUCAGAGCACGAAUGACAGAUUCGGGCCUUCCUUAGUAUCACUCGUAAGGGCACAAAUGGCAGCCCUCUGCCUUGGCCUUAAGUCCCGCCACGGCGGAAGGAACUCUGGGACCAGCAAUCUGCGAGGCUUGUUCAGGGGGCUCUGUUCUCAACUUGCCUUCUGGCUCUUCUACCUCAAGGACAUUUUUACCAAACGCCCCCUAUCCUCUUUUAAUUAAUACAGCCAAAUGACCUCUCAGUGGUCUCCUAUCCAAGUCCCUGUUUGGGCUUGCCCAUGCCGCCUCCCCCAGUACCUGAACAGCUGGAUUGACUGAAGUUGUCACCACAACCUUCGUUGGGGGGUUCGCUGCAAAGGUCAGAAAGAGGGGGAAAUGGACCUGGAAGAGGAGAGGAGGGCUCCUGGUGCUUGCUGGGAAGGGAUGAUAUGGGGGCAAGCCGUCCAUCGCCUCCACCCUUGACUGGUUAGGAGCGGACAAGGGAAAGGUCGCGAGGUGGUGGCCCGGGUCUGCGACCUAACGGGAGAAUAAAGAAGUUGACUACCCGA